AAGUCCCCACCCCCGGGCCAAAUAAGAGUAUAUUGAAGUCUUAGUGUGGUUUGCUGCUAAGUGCUAACUCACCGGCCCUGUUGCUGCCAUCUGCGGGUUGUGUUCAUUGCUAAGGAGGAAAGAAGCAAAAACAUGGGAAGGAGAGUAAGAGGCGGCGGCAGAGACGGCGGAGGCGUGAAAAGUGCAGCAAAUACGCUAUCAAAGUUCCAAAAGACGGUGUCACUCAGAGAAGAAGCAAGCGGCAAGAAGCAAACGUGGGGAGGAGGUUCCACCAACGUCAAAGCUGUGUUGAAACACGAGCACUUGCAAAACCUAGCCGUCUGGGCCAGCGGCGAAUCUUCAAUCCCUUCUUUGGCUUCCUUCUUUGGGCACAGAUUGGCUGCUGAUGGAGAAGCUUCUGCAAUCCCCCAGGACCCUUCUUUCUUUCCCUGCCAGAGAUGUGAGACAAUUCUUCAGCCUGGCUUUAAUUGCACUGUUCGUAUCGAAAGGAAUCGAGCUAACACAAGGCAUAGACGUAAGAAACCUCAUAUUUCGACACAGAAUACUGUAGUCUACAACUGCCACUUCUGUUUGCAUCGGAAUCUAAAACGAGGCACUCCGAAAGGCCACAUGAAAGAGAUGUACCCUCCCAAGUCAAAACCGUCUUCAAUCUCCAAAGUUGUCAAGUCUAGAAUUUUGAAGCCUAUUAUCAGUUCAGAUAAAGAAAAAAGCAAAGAUAAUGAGAUAAUUGUAACAAGUUCACCUGCAAUGGCUGCUGCCGAAAAUCCGAGCACAGAUGGUUCAGUGACUCCUGUUAGAGGUAGGACUUUGUUGGAUUUGAAAAAGAGAAAUAGGAAGAAAUCUGGGUCCAAAAGACCGGCUGAACCCGAAAACAAUCCGAUGACACCUGAUGCAGAAAAAUCUGUUGGAGCUUCAAGUAAAAGGAGAAAAUCUUGGAUGAGCCUCAGAGAAAUGGUUGAGAGCAACGAGGACAACCGCUUCUAAUUCUACAAUACCAUUCUUGGUUUAAUAAUACAUACCGGACCGAAUCGAUCACCGAUUUUUGGUAUGGUAUGAUUGACCGGUUUAAUUUUUUUUAUUAUUAAUAUUUUGUAGUAGAAUCACGGACAACUGAUUAUGCAAACGACUGAUGCCCCUUGUGCAUAAUUAAAGCAAUCUUAUUUGAUACGAA